ACAGAACUCUGUGGGGCAAAGCGGGUUGGUUAUUUUGGUCCUACACAGUUUUAUGUUGCCCUGAAAUUGAUUGCUGCAGCACAGUCCGGCCUCCCUGUGCGAACAGAGAGUAUUAAAUGUGAACUGCCUCUGCCUCGCUUUGUGAUGUCAAAGAGUGAUGGUGACAUACGGUUUGGGAACCCAGCUGAGCAUCAUGGAAUGAAGGUUCAGAUUCCAUACUUAACCACAGAAAAAAAUUCCUUCAAAAGAAUGGAUGAUGAGACUAAACAGCAGGAAAAACUGUCUCCCACGAUGUCACCCCUCGCCUCCCCUCCUUCUUCCCCGCCUCAUUACCAGAGGGUGUCCUUGAGCCAUGGCUACAGCAAACUGCGGAGCAGCACGGAACAGAUGUAUCCAGCUUCGUAUGAAACUAGGCAGCCCAUUGUCCAGCCUGAAGGACCCUCAUCAGAGGGUCCUGGAGCCAAACCCCUUUGUCGUCAGGCAUCUCUUAUUCGGUCCUUUUCAGUGGAGCGAGAACUGCAGGAUAACAGCAGUAAUUACCCAGAUGAGCCCUGGAGGAUAACGGAAGAACAGCGGGAGUACUAUGUCAAUCAGUUUCGGUCCCUCCAGCCUGAUGCGAGUUCCUUCAUUUCAGGGUCUGUGGCGAAGAACUUCUUCACCAAAUCAAAACUCUCCAUUCCAGAGCUUUCUUAUAUCUGGGAACUCAGUGAUGCUGACUGUGAUGGAGCCCUGACCUUGCCUGAGUUUUGUGCUGCAUUUCAUCUCAUUGUAGCGCGGAAGAACGGCUACCCUCUGCCAGAGGGCCUGCCUCCAACUUUGCAGGCAGAGUACCUGCAAGCAGCUUUCCCUAAAUCCAAGUGGGAGUGUGCCAUAUUCGAUUCUUAUUCUGAGUUAAUGCCAGCAAAGCAACAACCCUGUGACUUGAAUCAGAUGGAGAAAACAUCUGUCAAAGACACGGCUGACUUUCCUGUCCCUACAAAAGAUGUGACUACUGGUGAUGACAAACAAGCUUUGAAAAGUACUGUUAAUGAAUCCUUACCAAAGGACAUAUCUGAGGAUACAGCAACUUCUAAGGACUGCAACGGUCUCAAAGCAAGACCAAGAUCCAGAUCUUACUCUAGCACCUCCAUAGAAGAGGCCAUGAAAAGGGGUGAGGACCCUCCCACCCCGCCACCACGGCCACAGAAAACCCAUUCCAGAGCCUCCUCCUUGGAUCUGAAUAAAGUCUUCCAGCCCAGCGUGCCAGCUACUAACUCAGGAUUGCUCCCCCCACCACCGGCACUUCCUCCAAGACCAUGUCCAACACAGUCUGAACCAGUGUCUGAAGCUGACUUGCACCCUCAGAAGAACAGAGCUCCUUCCCAAACUGUAGAAAGCAGUCCAUCAAAGAAGGAUGCACCUCAUGCUCAGCCUCCAUCAAAGCCUAUUCGGAGGAAAUUCAGACCUGAAAAUAAAACUAUAAAAACCCAAGAGCCAGCUGCUGCAGUGGGAGGGGCAGCAGCUUCUGCAGCAAUGGCAAAACCCAAUCCAACAGUACAAAAGCAAUCUUCCAAGCAGAAGAAGGCCAUUCAGACUGCUAUUCGCAAAAAUAAAGAAGCCAAUGCCGUGCUGGCCCGCUUGAACAGCGAGCUGCAGCAGCAGCUGAAGGAGGUCCAUCAAGAACGGAUUGCAUUGGAAAACCAAUUGGAACAACUUCGCCCAGUCACAGUGUUGUGACAUCCUCAAGGCUCCAGUGAAAGUGGAUAACUUUGUCUGCCAAGAUCUUUCUUUUGAGUGUUUGAGUCCAACUACUUGUCAUAGAUGUCUGAAUGUCAAGAGCUGUGAGCAGCACAACAUAAUCUAUAUGACUUUCUCUUUUGCACUUCAGUUGUGUAUUUUACAGUGGUCUUAAAAAAAGUCUUCAACUGCACUUAAAAAUGUUAAUUAUCAGCUAUUUGGGAGGCUGAAGCGGAAGGGUCACCAGCUCAAGCGCAUCUUGAGAAGCUUAUUGAGACACUGUCUCAAAUAACAAAAAGAGAGGAUACAGCUCAGUGGUAGAGUACUUGCCUGAUAUACAGGUAGCCCCCAGUUAAGUCCUAAGUACCAUUUAAACAUUAAACUUACCAGUGGCAUUUAUCUCCCAUUUUAACCAUGUUGAGAUACUGCUCCUUAUUAAAAUUAGUCUUCUAGCAGAUAAUUCAGAGCAGUAUUUAUUUAAAGAAUUUAUAAUGACUACAGAACCUAUGAAGGAAGUACUACCAGGAUGCCCAUUUUAUUCUUGUGUGUAUGUUACAUAUAGUAGGUUGGUUUCCUGAAUAUUGUGGAUUCCAGCUGGAUAGUCUUCGGCAUGAUGAUAAUAAAAAACAAAAGCUGAAAGAAAAUUAAAGCUUCAGAUUUACACUGGCACUGUGCCCUACCCCUGUAUGCCAAAACUGCUUCUCUAGUACAAUUUUGAUAUUAUAUCAGCUAUAAAUAAUACAUGACUAUUGUUUUCUAUUAAAUAUCAGAAUAUUAUUGGGUUUUUACACCUCUGUGAAGUAGAGAUUUUUGGCAAUGAACUGUUUAAGGUGGCCAAUCUAGGCCAUUAACCUAGAUAACUUAUAAUCUAAAUUUUUGGGCAGGCACAAUCUACUUUAAUUGCCUUGCCUGAUCUUAUUAAAUAGUUGCCAGAUCCUUAUUUUAUCCUCCACAGGAGAACAUCUCUAAAUGCAUGAGCUUGGAAACCACCCAGGAUUGCUAUAUAUUUGGUACUGAACUCAGGUAUCCAGGCUGAGAGGAGAAGGGAAAUAGCUACUAACUCUCCCAACAAUUCCUGGUUGUUGUUGUUGCUGUCAUUUUUAUUUUAGCCUGGAUUUCAAAUGUUUUGUGUUUGAAGACACAAUGAAAGAAUGUAAUCUUCUCACCAGCUAUAUGACUACUUGUUUUCUGUAAAGUGUACUCUUGGGAAGUAUUGGCUUUAUAUACAGUUCAGGGGAACUCAGAGAACUCUAGUGGAAGUAAUAUAAAGUAAGCUCAAAGUGCAGAAGCCAGUAUCCUGUAGAAAUUUAGUAGUAUAGCCCAACUGAAAGUGGGAAAUGACUGACCCAUAUGUUCAUAGGGUCCCUGGUUCACUGAUCCUCAACAGAGCAUUCUGAUGUUAGCAUUACUUCGAAAGGCUUACAGCAUGCCAUACCAUCUGUCUUUUGUGUGUUUUGCUAACUUACUCAUUCUUUGGAUAGUGGAAUGUGGUGUGUGCACAGGGUACUUUUUGAAAUGUUUUUAUUUAUUUAUUUUUUUAUUAUUAGUUACAUUUUAUUAACUCUGUAUCCCAGCUAUAUCCUGCUCCCUCAUUCCCUCCCAACCCCACCCUCCUUCCCUCAUCUCCUCCCUGCCCCUUUCCAAAUCCACUGAUAGGGGAGGACCUCCUCCCCUUUCAUCUGACUCUGUUUUAUCAGGCAUCUUCAGGACUGGCUGCAGAGUCCUCCUCCUAGCAGGACUGCUCCUCCCUUUGGGGGGUGGGGAGGUCGAAGAGCCUGCCACUGAGUUCCUGUCAGAGAUAGUCCUUGUUCCCCUUACUAUGGGAAACCAAUUGGUUACUGAGCUACCAUGGGCUACAUCCGAGCACAGGUUCUAGGUUAUAUCCAUAUAUGGUCCUUGGUGAAGUAGUUUUGGGUAGAUUUACAAUAUGUAAGAUUAAGCUGUUGAUUUCAAUGGAGUUGAGAGCAUUUAGUAAAAAUAAGCAUUUAUCUAAUACUUCCCUGUUCCUUUGGCAAGCUUUAUCAGUAGCUGAACAACAGAAGAAAAGGGUUCAAACAGAUGAUGUUUUUCCAAAGAAAAACAAAUUGUUGAAUAUCUUCCAUGCAUAUUUAAGGAUUUGAAUCAGAUUUGAUUUGGAAAGUCCUGAAACUUGAACUAUUUCUGCAUUUCUCUUUCUCCUUUGGCUGCCUUUCUUGUUGUUCUUGUGCGGAGGGCUUGGGAAUGAGUUUAACCCUCCUAAGAUUAUGAAUGGGUCAGUGCAAAUUCCUAGGUGACUCUUUUCUUCCAUAUGCCGGGAUGUUGGGAUGUGGGGACUGUGACCAAUUUUCAACAGUGUUACGACUGCAGAUGUUUCACAGCAUGCUCGGCCUUUGGUACAGCUGAUACAGGAAAGAGUAACAUGCACUUUAUCUCGGAAUCUUCCCGUGCAUAUGCACUUACUUGGGAUCAUACUUCAUAUCCACCAACCAGACGUGCCCUAAGGAAUGUUAGUCUAUACUGAGCAUUUAAAAGCCCUGAUGUAUUGUUUCCCCCAUGAAGUAAAAGACACGGGGAACAGGGUGAAGAGAUUGGAGUUUUCUUUAGUUGGCCUUGUUUCCUGUCAAGGCAAAAACUUGCAUUGGACAAUGAAGGCCUUCUGAGUUUCCCAGCCUCACCGAUUUAUUUCUUGUAGUGCUGGGGAUCAAACCCAGGACAUCAUUCGUUCUAGGCAAAUGCCAGUUCACAACUUUAGCCUAUCACCAAUAUUUUAACUUAGGCAUUGCAUUAAAACAAAUACCAAUAAUACAUGCACAUACACAAAGUAUUCUUAACUGGGCUUAAUUUUGAUCAGUUUAUUAGUUGCUUAGAACUAGAUUUUUAAAGGAAAUAUUUGUGUUUCUAUCUAAAUAUACACUACUAAAUACAUAUUAUUUUGUGACUAGUAUUCAUGCUUUAUUUCUGUGUUUUCUUAGGAUGUGCACUUUUAGGGUUACAAUGCCUGAUAAUAUUUUUGACAGCCUUUAAUAUGAUAUAGUAAGGCAAACACAUUGAAAUCACCUGUAAAUCUACUCUGGAAUUAAUCACCACCUACCACAAAAAGAAGCUUCUUUGAAGAGGGAUGAGAGUUGAGAUUUUCUUGUUGUGCAGAAUUCUACAGAAUGAAGGUUAACCCUGUUUUGAUUCAUGGGGGUUUAAUUGCCUUGAGGCUCAAUGGUUUUCCUGCAUGGGAAUCUUCUAGUCCUCCAGAUGAAAGCACAGUAGGAACUGAUCGUGAGAUUAUUGGGGCCUUAACAUUUCCUGUAAGUGGCAUAUAGCAUUUGUCUGCCUUUCUAUCCAGAGACCUAAAGCAAAGCCCAAGUGGUAAAUAGCAAGACUGGAUGUGUAAUGUGACAAUCAAGACAGAUGUUUGCUCUAGCUGGAAAGAUAUAAGCACUUUAUAAGUAUCGUACAAGUGUUUGGGACUAACUGAGAAAUAAAUCAGCUUAGCUGGAAGCUGUGCCCAUGUACAUGUUAGAGCUAGGUAGGGCCAGUGUUUCUUUCCUCUAGCUGGCGCUGGAAAAUCACAUUCCUGAUUGUGGACUCUUGGCCAAAGAAAUACAUAGCUAGUGGUAGAGUUGGGAUGCUAGCCUGAUUUUAUAGAUUCCAAGUUAGUCUUCUGUCAAUUGUAAGAAUAUAUUAGAAAGCCUUUUCUAUUUAUCAUGUUGAAUUUCAUUGACUUAAUUGGUCUUUAAAUAUGAAACCAUUUUCUAAGGAGUUUUAGGUCUAGACAUUUCUCUAAGAGUUAAUAAAAAAUAAAAUUUAAAGGGAAAUAAUGUUAUUAAACUAUUCUUUUAAUGCCUCACCUUUGAUGAUGCAGUAUGUUACUUUAAAUCUUGGCAGAACUUUCAAAAGCUAUUGCUUUGAACAGAUUCCAGUCUCAUAUUCCUGUUGGCAUUUGCUUUCUUAAAUAGACUACUGUGAUAAAAAUGAACUCAAUAUGUAGUAGCUUACAGUUUUUUCCAGUAUAACGUUGGUUGCUUGGGUCACAAAUGUUCCAUUUUAGCACAUUUUAGGAAUAAGUAAUCAAAAACAUGAACUUUUCUUUUGACUUCCUACCAAUGUCUGAACUAUUGUAAAAUGUUUUACUUUAGCUGUGAUUUUAUUGUAUAGUAUUUCUAAAUAUUUGUCUGUGUCCUGAAUGGUCUCAUAACUGUGUCCAUAAUGGAUAUAUAAUUAGAAGUUCAUUUAGACAACAUUGAUGUGAUUCUUGCAAUCAAGACAGACACUUGCAAAUGUCUUAUUCUAAGCAGUAGUUAGAAAGAACUUGAUUAUAGCAUUAACACCUUAAAUCUAAAACAUUUGUUUUCACACAAACUACAGUCACACCUCUGACUAGACAUCAUCAGGAGAAAAUUGUCUUAACAAUCAUAAAAGCAAGAAUUUACCAUCUCAUCACAAGCACAAUGCCCCAUGUGAUUGACAAGGAGGCUCACUAGGAUGCCGUUUUAGCAUUAAGAGUGUGAUGAAAAUAGAAUAGCGGCUAAAGAAAUCUCUUCCCCUCUCCACACACUAAAUACAACACUAAUGCUUUUCUUUGCUCUUUCCAACGAUUAAUUCUGUUUCUAGUGUCCCCUUAAAAUUCAGACUUCAACAGAACAGUUGAAUUUCGACUUUAGUUAUGGGUGUUACAGUUUUUGUGUGUGUCAGGACUCAGUGUCAUUCAAGUUCCUAGUGAGAAGCAGAGAUCUGGAUGUGUGCAAUCCUCAGCUUGCACAUGUUGCUUCCCUUUUGGCACAGCUGAUAGAGACAGCACAGACAGGUUGGUCGCUGGUGCCAACUGAAAUAAAUAUUUCUGUGGGCCAUUUUGCUUUGCCCAUUUGCAAAGAGAGAUACAUCUAAUUAUAUGAACCUCCCAAGAAUUGUAGACAGACUUUAAAAGCAAUGCAUGCAGAUUCUGAGAGCUGUUGCCCAGCCCCAAACAGCCUUUCAGAGAAAGUCUUAUAAAUAUGCAGCCAUUGUGUGAUUAUGAGCUGGGCAGCCCAGAGAUAGUUAAGUUUAGGUUUAUAGGAUUACUUUCUACUGCCUCUAAAUACACAUGGUGGUAAGGGAUACAUUAAAAGCACUGCAGAUUGCAGCUGACGGUGCCCACUCUGUCUGCAGAAGCCUUGCUUUGCUGGCAACUGUUGGAGAACGCUGAGUUUACAUGGCUUGUGAUUUCUCCUGUCUUGCUCCUAGCUAAUGUCAUGGCUGUGGGAAGUUAUCCCCACUAGAUUUAUGACUCUGAAGACCAGAGGACAGCAGGCUUUUAAGAGGGCUUAAAUUGGGAUUCGAAGUGUACAUUGUGGAAACCCUCAGGUAGCAGGUUCGUAGCAGUCUGGGAUGAUAGGACUAGAUCCUAAAGUUCUUGCAGAGUGCUGUGCCAUGAGACUGAACACAGUACCCAUCAUAUGCCACUUUUAUCAACUAAGUUGUAGUUUUUGUUUCCAAUCAACUUGUGUGACAACUUUCCCAGCACCUAACUUGGGAAGCAGGGACAUCCUCUUCUUUAGAACCAGAGCUGCCAUUCUUUUCAUCUUCAGCACAAAUUAGGUAUUUAAGUGAGCCAGAGACAAAAAGCCAUUUUAGUCUUCAUAGUUAACGGCUAAGAGAGAUAAUGAGCUGACUAUUUUCACCUCAAAGGUAAAAAUGUAAAUUAUAUUUUUUCACUACAGGUACAUGUAACAGUAAAAAGUGUAUCAGCAAAGUAUAUAUUUGAUGCUUUCUGUCUUUUCAUGAUAUUGUGCCAACAAGUUGUGCUAAUAUUUAACUCAGCCAGAGUCUCAUUCAUUUGCUAAGCAUUGGGAACAUUCUGUGUAAUUACCUUAAACAUAAAUAAAUCCCUGAGAGCGUCCUAUAUUUGGAUUGUGAUUUGUAGACUCAUGCUAACUUUACUGCCUCUUUUUCACACUUGUUGGAAAAUCUGUGAAGAACAUAGUAAGUUAAGGACUGCCAACUUGGAAAAUGUACAUCAUGUGAAACUGGGGUGCUACAUUAAAAUAAACGUAUGAUCACUAAU